CAUAUGUAAAAUGUCAAUUUUGACAUUUUCCUUUUAGGUUAGAAACGGUUGAAUAAUAAUAAAUUUCAUCAAAUUUGUGUAAAAUUAUUAAGAAUAAAAUAAAUUGUUAAAAAAAUAAUAAUAGAAUUAAAAAGUUUAACAUAAAAUGGCCAAAUAUUUAGCACAAAUUAUUGUUUUGGGUGGUCAAGCUAUUGGCAAGGCCUUUGCCAAAGCAUUGAGACAAGAAAUUGCCGCAUCCCAAGAAGCAGCACGUCGCAGUGGUGGUGGACGUCAGGGAGAAAAAAGAUCAGAAGCUAAUGCCAGAACGGGCAUGACUCUGGAUGAGGCCAAACAAAUACUCAACAUUAACGACCUGGAAAAUCUCGAACAAAUCACCAAAAACUAUGAACAUUUAUUCGCCGUCAAUGACAAAGCUAAAGGAGGUUCCUUCUAUUUACAAUCCAAAGUUUUCCGUGCUAAAGAACGUAUCGAUCAAGAACUGAAGGAGGCACUUAAGGCUCAACAAGCCAAACAAAAGAGACAAGAAGAUUCAGCAGCGGGGUCGGAAGAUAAACAACGAUGAGUGUUGUGUUAGUAAUUUUUAGAAUGUGCUUUAGUAAUUUCUUGUUUUUUUUUUCUAUAUAAAUUUUAUAAAUUUAAUUUCCUUUUACAAUUCUAUUGUAAAGAUAACUAAACGAUACAAGUUGAUUAUUUUAAGAUAUAAACACAAAUAAUACCUAUAGGCUUUUCAAGAAUAUAUAAAUAGAUAAUGAGAUUUAGUAUGUGAAAUAAUAGUUGGAUUACUCCAUAUUACGAUUCGAAUGAAAGAAAAAGAAACUUUCGAACUACAAUUUGGAUCCAGUUGUUUGGCAGGGAAUCUAUAGAACUUGUUUAUUUUACCCAGACUGUUUUGUAAAUAAAAUGCAAUUUUUUUU